GCCAAAGAACGGUCGCUUGUAUUGUGUUCAGAAAUACGUUCAUUAUUAUAAAAUUAUUUCUGGAGACGAACAAAAAUAUUUUACACAUUAACAGUGGCCGAAAUUUCAAUAUGUUGGCGCCAGUCGUAUUAUUAAGCAGUAUUUGUGUGAUUGUUUCGGCUCAAAACAAUGCUAACGAUCCAAUAUCUUGGGGCUGGCAAAUGAUGCCGGCGGGCCCUGGGACUGCCGGACAUUACUUCGUGAAAUUACCUCAGUCGGAACAAGAGGUCCGUUACAUAGCUGACGCUAGCGGCUAUCACAGCGCGCUCGCAGUCACCACCAGUGACCCCCAACACCAUCACUCCACCAGCAUCGCACUUGGUGAAAAAGCUGUCGAGCUCUCUGGACAGACGCCAGUUUCACCUCAAUUAAAUCUAAGUCAAACAUCUUUCCAAAACCCAGGACAAACCCAAAUGGGACUUUAUUUCUUACAACACGAGUACCCUUACCAAUCACCGUACCCACAAACCAUAUCGAACCAACAGAACCUCGUGCAAUAUUCAUCAAUACCGAAUCACUAUUAUUCAGAUAGAGUCGUUCAAAAUCCUUACUACAAUAUACAGACACAUAACCAAGAUGAUAAUAAUAAUUACGAGUUAAGUCGUGAACACAAACAGACAGAUAACACGAGAGACGAGGGUAGGGACGAAAUCAUAGAAACCAAAGAAAGUGGACCCGUUGUUGUGUUCAAGGACAAUAAAUGCAAAAAUGACGAAGUAGGAAACGCACAAACAAAUUAUAUUAACAAUGUUCAGAACCAAAAUAUACAAGAGACACUCGCAUACAACACGAAAAUAAAUGGUAAUUUUGGGGAAAGGGAUAAUAAGUUAGUUACGAGCCAUUCAAAUCGAAAUGCCGGAGACUUUCAUUAUGAUACUGAAAUAAGUCAUUACUCAACAACAAGACCGGUGACGUUCACUCAAGAUGAGGGGAUUUCUAGACUGGUAGCGUCCACACAGGAUCUCAUAUCUAACGACGAUCUAUUAAGAAUCAAUCACGCGGCCGAGAGAUUCAUCCACUACAGUGACGAUUUGAUCAAACCUAAGCGCAAAACAUCAAGCAUCAGCUUCAAAUCCAAUAACGGAAGUCCUCGCAGCAGAAUCACCGUCACAGCGAAAGUCGGUAGAAUUGUUGACAGUGAUGUCGAGCAUCCGGUCACGUUAACCAAGAAGCCUUCCGAAGAAUAUAAUUACCAGACAGAGAGAGACAUUAAAUUCGCUUCACCGAUAAUAGUAGAGGACCAAGGAAGUGACUAUAAGAAACAAAUUCUGAAUAAUUUCAUAUCUACAAUGAGUCACUACAUCAAUGACGGAUACCAGAUAACUGACGCCAAGAAAAACAUUAACGAUACUCCUGUUGGCAGUAAACAAGAAGAAGACUUAGUGAACAUAACUCCAAGACCUAUCAGCCAACAUCAUCUCACACCGAUAACUGUAGCUCUGAGAUUGCUCAAUGAUAAUAGCACUCAAUUCUUCGAUACGGUCGACCACGAACCUUCAGAUAGCGAAUUUGUCGAGAGAACUGUACAGGGACCUCGUAAGGGAAAAACGCUCGUAGAAAUACAAGAGUCGAUCCCAGUAGACAUAACACAUAUCAAUGAUGUUGAAUAUCACGAGUAUCUGGAAGACGGAAGAAUUAGUCGAGACCCGCCCAGGAAGGCUUACUACCAGAGAUACCAAUCCAUCAGCUCUGAUAAACAAUAUAAUCACAAUAAUUUUGAUAAUUAUCACAAUCCUGAUAAAAAGGAAAGUCAAGCUGAUCAAAUGGGAGAAAAGAAUGUUCGCCCAGACCAGGUGCAGUCGAACACUGAUCACGACGACGCUUACUACAGCACAGGUACAGCACAGAAUAAGAUACAACCCAUCAUUAUCGAGAAGCGAGUCCCGGUCACGAGUUUUGUCGAUCGAUACGUUGAGAAACCUUCGCCUGAGUGGGUCGAGGGCAAACCGGUGGAAGUUACCAAAUAUGUCGAUAAACCUUACCCGGUUGAAGUACUCAAGCCUUAUCCUGUGGAAGUCAGGGUGCCGUAUCCGGUUGAACAUAAGGUUUACGUGGACAGACCCAUUCAUGUGCCGUAUCCGGUUGAAAAGGUUGUCGAGAAACAGUUCAUUCACCCGUUUCCUGUGCCGACGCCUGUUGGUAUACCAGUUGCUAUUCCGGUUGAGAAGAAUGUAAUAUAUCCCGUGGCUUUUGAGACCCCCGUUCCUGUAGCCGUACCCAUUGAAAGACCGGUAACAGUUGAAAAGAUCGUCGAAAAGAAGAUUGCGAUCCCUUACCCCGUCGAGAAGAAGAUACCGAUUCCAGUGGAAGUGCCGAAACCGUAUCCGGUUGACAGAAUUGUCGAGAAGAAAGUUCCAUUUCCGGUACACGUGAAUAGAAUAGUUGAGAAGAGAGUUCCAGUGCAAGUUCCAUACCCAGUGAAACAGAUCGUGGAAAAGAUCGUCGAAAAACCCGUCGUCGUGACCAAAUACAUCGACAAACCGUAUCCCGUAGAAAAGAGGGUUCCGUAUCCGGUAGAUAGGAUCGUCGAGAGGAAAGUUCCCUAUCCGGUACACAUACCGUAUGAAGUUCCGUAUUUUAUUGAGAAAAAUAUCCAAAAAUCUGAACAUCCGUACCAGUUCGAGAAAAACGACAAACUUACAACUCUUUACAGUUACGGCGUAAGUCAGGAAGCUCUACAGAGAGUGGCGGAUUACUUGAAGCUCAGCCACGAAGACUACAAACAGCGAUCGAGCCAACAGAACUUGGACCAGUACGCACAGACACCCGCGGAGUCUAAAACAAAUUACCAAAUACAACCAGCAAACGGACACGUCCUCAACAACAUACAAAACGUUACUCCCGUAUACAACAGCCAGGGAAAACAAUACGCGUCUUCCUACACCUACAACACGACGCGUCCGACUUACAAAGAUGUUAAAUAUUACGGACCAGCGCCGGUCGAGAGCUACGACGAGAGCUGGGAGAAAAAUAAAGAAUAUACGGAGACUUUGAGGCGAACGGAGAGAAUGCCGAAAGUUAGUGACGUCAGGAUAGAGUACGGGUUCAAACCACCCUUAAGACCGAGCACCGAAAUAGAUUUAAACGGAGUUCCCAUUAAAAAAGAUAACUCAUGAUUCGUAAUACACAUCAAUGUGUUCAGUACUCCAUCCCUAGACUUACCUCAAGUUAGAUUCGUCAAACUAAAUAGCCAGCUCCAUUUUUUUCAUUCAUAUAACUUUUCGCGUGUAGUAUCGUCGUAGGUUUAUUUAAGGUUAUGACAGACGCUGGGAACGCGCCGUUUUUAAUUUGACGAAGCAAACUUGUACUAAGGCUGCAGUAGAAUUGAUAAUGCCAAUGUCACGAACGCUUUACACUAAGCUUUACGAUUGUAUUACUCGUUAUAAAUUAUUAAAAUAAUUGUUAGAUGUAAGAUUUAAUAAAUUAUUUUUAUAUAGAUAUUUAAAAACAAAUCCUAGAUUAAAAAUGUAUUUAAUUAAUUUAUGAUAGAUAAUAAAAAUGUUGUAUCAAC